CGCACUAAUUAAGUCAGACCAACUCAUGUGUCAGCUUGAGUCCUCACUCCCUGCACUCCCACUCUCACAUCGCAUCACUGCAGCCACCAGUGCUUGUGAGUGUUAGUGUAUGUUGCUGUGUUCCCCGCUCUGGAGCUGAGUUGAACUUUUAACCAUUCACCCCUAAGGCCAUAGUGCAGAGCCAGGAGAACACCCAGGUAACCCCACAGCCAUGAUGAAUUCGGCAACUAACUUGCGGCUGAAGCUGCCCAUGGCCUGCAUCAUCCUGGAGGUGAUCAUCAUCAUCCUCUUCGGCACUCUGGUGCAGUACGACGAUGAGACAGACGCCAAGCUCUGGCACAAGGAAAUCGCCAAUGGCUCUUCCAACUACGACAACGACUUUUACUACCGCUACCCCAGCUUUCAGGAUGUGCACGUGAUGAUCUUCAUUGGCUUUGGUUUCCUCAUGACGUUCCUGCAACGUUAUGGAUUUAGCAGUGUGGGCUUCAACUUCCUCAUUGCGGCCUUCGCUCUGCAGUGGGCAACUCUCAUGCAGGGCUUCGUCCACGGCAUGCAUGGGGGCAAGAUCCACGUCGGAAUAGAGAGUAUGAUCAACGCUGACUUCUGCACAGGCUCAGUGCUCAUCUCGUUUGGGGCGGUCCUGGGGAAGACCAGUCCAGUCCAGCUGCUGGUCAUGUCUGUGAUUGAAGUCACCCUGUUCGCAGUCAAUGAAUUCAUUGUGCUUACUGUUCUGGGGGCCAAGGAUGCUGGUGGCUCCAUGACCAUCCACACCUUUGGAGCUUACUUUGGCCUGAUGGUGGCUCGUGUUCUCUACCGCCCCAACCUGGACAAGAGCAAACACAAGAACUGCUCUGUCUACCACUCUGACCUCUUCGCCAUGAUUGGCACCAUCUACCUGUGGAUGUUCUGGCCAAGCUUCAACUCUGCUGUGACGGCCCACGGAGACGACCAGCACCGCACGGCUAUGAACACCUACUAUUCCCUGGCUGCCUGCACCCUGGCCACCUACGGCCUGUCUGCCGUUGUGGCUCAUGAUGGCAAGCUCGAUAUGGUGCACAUCCAGAACGCUGCCCUUGCCGGGGGGGUUGCUGUGGGAACUGCUGGUGAAAUGAUGCUCACUCCUUUUGGCUCCAUGAUUGUGGGCUUCCUGGCUGGAACCAUCUCUGUGCUGGGCUUCAAGUUCCUCUCGCCUAUCCUGGAACAAAAGCUGAAGAUACAGGACACAUGUGGCGUCCACAACCUGCACGGCAUGCCUGGAGUCCUGGGAGCCAUCGUUGGAGCAGUUACUGCUGCUCUGGCAACCAAGGACGUCUAUGGAGAUGGGAUGGCUGAUGUGUUCCCUGACAUCCAGUCUGGUGAAGUGGAGGCCUCGUUCCAGGGCAUACGACAGGCCAUCUCCCUGGCUGUCACCCUCUGCAUUGCCCUCCUGGGCGGUCUUAUCACCGGUUUUAUUCUGAAGCUGCCAAUCUAUGGUGCUCCUCCUGACACCAUCUGUUUUGAGGAUGGCAUCUACUGGGAGCUGCCUGGUGAGGAGGGCUCACAUGAGGAGUUGACCACUGUCAGGACACCGGACGAGGCAGAAAAGCUCAACGCAUAAACACACACACACGCACGCACGGACACACACACACACACACACACACACACACACACACACACACACACACACACACACACACACACACACACACACACACACACACACACACACACACACACACACACUCACUUGAGAUCCACACAUAGUAGAUUGUACAACCAGGAUGUGGCAGCACAUGGUGCUUGUGUAUGUCUGCCAUUUUUCAAUGUGCCAAUGACCAUAUCUGAUUCACUAAUAUGGUGGUAGUGUGUGUUCAAAUACUCCAGACCAUCAGCAGAAGUGCGUUUCACUCUCAGAAGAAAACAAUCUCAAGGUAACCCAUAAUGUGUUUACACCAGACAGAAGCAUGCUAUCCUCCAAGCAGCAUGGGCCAUGGACAGUCCAUUGCAAUAUACCUCCUACCAGCUGCCUUAUGUUAUGUUCCUAGAUGAUCCUAUGAAGCUACAGUAUAUGACAGAGCUGUAGACUUGAAUCAUGGUCUGAGAAUUUGGAUAGGACUCGUGAAACCUGUUUGAUGAUGCAAAAACAAUGGAUUAAGCUCAUUUUAAUUUAGUGUUUUUAAGAUUUUGGGGGGCUUCUCCGCUCUUCUAAGAGAUGUUACAUGCACCAAUGUUCAGGGAAUUACACGUUGAACCAUUUUUAAACAUCCGAUUGACUAAGGGAAAGGCAAAUUCGCAGUAGGCCUCUGUGUUGUAAAUUCUACAUUAAAACCAAAGAAAAUUGUACCUGUUAUUAAUGUAGAUCGCUGAUGUUUUCAUGAAUAGACAAUCACUUUUAUAGAUGCAAGUCCAUCAUUAAAAAUGUUAAGUAUUCCAGACUAAAACUAUGCGUAGAUAGUUGAGUUUUGACGAUUGAAUAUUCAUUCUGGGUCAGGAUUCUCCUUUUCUUCUAUUUCUAUACUAUGCAAUGUAUUGGGUAGAGUUAGAGUUGCUAUUGUACAAUUAUGUACAGUUGUGUAUUGUACAUAAAUGUUUAGACAACAUAAAAUGUGAUAUAAUUUAAACGACUAGCUUUCACCACUACAGACAAACCACUGAAUCAAACGGAUUAUCUGCUACAGGGGACGAAAUGGUGCCGACUUUGUUACACUGGAGAAAAUGUAAUUGCUGUGAAUUUAAAUGAUAAUUGAAUAAUACUUGUAACGCAUUUUGGGAGAAAUAAAUCUUUCAAAUGUGA